UUCUCCAUAACGACCAACUUAGCCGCUGCGGCUGCUGGAAAUAUCGUACCUGUUGUCGUUGGCGGCAACUCGUUGACAUACACACCGAACAGCGUCACGGCCAAUCCGGGAGACGUUGUGCAAUUUCAGUUCAAUGCGAGGAACCAUACUGUCACUCAAUCUGCGGCAGAGGCGCCGUGCAAACCGCUCCACGGGCCAGCCCCAGGCGUCAACAGUGGCUUUAUAGCGUUUGACGCUGCAUCAGGCAUGGUUGGAACUUUCAAUAUGCCAGUCACAAAUACAAGUCCAAUGUUUCUAUAUUGCGCAACUGGUCCUCAUUGUCAAAUGGGCAUGGUCAUGACGAUAAAUGCAAAUGCGGACCAACUGAUCCAGUACGCCCAACUCGCAGCGGCGCAGACUGAGAACAUCCCCCAAAAUGAUGUCAUAGGCGGAACCCAGGCCAUGAUCCCCAUCGGAAACGCCGUCUUCAACGCCCCGGCCGCCAUGCCCAUGCCCAUACCCAUGCCCGCGCCCGCAUCGCCA